AUGUCGAAUACCGAGCUGGCCGUCCUGGCUACUACUCUUUGUAUCAUUAUUCACUUUGCAGCAAUUUGGGGCUCCACCUUUGAGAAGCGUUGGACACUAGUAAUUUCGGUGGAACCGUUAUAAAUGUUUUUAGCGUGAGCGUCUAGAAACUCACUACAAGCGCCACAAGGCCUCGGACAAACGGAAGAUUAUCAUUGAUGUCGAAAUCGCCGAGCAACUAAAGGGAAUAGCCUCCCCAACUGUUUGGGAUAUUUUACCAAUUUAUCUCGUUCGAGUGUUGUUUGGUUUUAUCAAGUCCAUUCCGUCGCAAAUUUCCUCUAUGGUCAAACUGGUCAAAGAUCUCGCAGAGCAAAAGAGAAGGACUAAAGAAGAAAUCAAAGGUACUGCUACAUUUCGUAAACACUAUAACAUAUUCCCCCAGUUGGUCGACCAUCCGUCAAUUUUCACUCCUGUGCUUCGCGUGUUUUCCUUCUUCGUAUUUCAUCUGAAUGGGUGAAUCGUCCUAGUUCUUCUAUAUCGCCCCUGCUAUCUUAACACACACCAGAUGUCCUUAGAUUUUGUUUUAACGAGUUGAUUUGUGAAAGUUUUCUCUUGCCCCCUCAUCAGUCCGCUCCCCACUUUUCAUAAGUCAUUAUUUCACUUGUCACAGUUAACCACAUAACUUUUUGUUAACCAUUUUCAGUUAGUCAUAAGGGGGUCGACUGUCUCAAACCAGUAAAACUACCAUCAACUUGCCGUAGAGCCUUAGGAAUCCUUAUGUUCUAGCGAACUGGUAUCAUGCUUUACAGUGCAUAAGACUAACAGCUCUAUCAUUGUUACAUGUUUUUCCACCUUUUUAUAUUUGACGAACCCCCAAUCUCUAUUAGUGAAACAACUGGUAUAAUAGCCUAAUUUGCUGUGUCUCCUAGACUAUCGAAAAGCAUAACACUCGUGAUGAUCUAACCCGAGCAUAACGCGAGUGGUUUUUUCAAAAGAAGUGGGAACUGCCGGUCCCAGCGUUUUCAUCCUAGAAAAACGAAAUAAACGUAAAUUCACUCAGAAAUUCCUACUCAUCUGAUAAUUACGUCGAUCUUGCUUCGUCACUGCCUUAAAAGUCUGUGUGGAAUGGCAUGCACUGGAGUAUAUUUUAAACAGCCUUCUGCUGGCUUUCUUACGUCUUCAUUCAUAAGUAGCUUUCAAUUAAUGUUACGCAGCAGUCGUAAUGAAGCCAUCUGGUGUGGUAUUUUUACGCAUCAGUCCACUUUUGCAUUUAUUUACGAAACCUUACUUUCCUUGAAACGUACGCUCAAGGAGACCCUUGGUUUUACCUUGUUUCACAUGCGUAAAUAUUUCCUUGUGGAAGCAUCUAUAUGCCGCGUUUUAAGCCUUUUUUUAAAUUGUCAUAUUUGGAAUCUAUGUGCAUAUCAGAGAUGGAGAAGCUGGAAGAAGAGCGAAGACUGCGGAAGACUCUUAAGAAAAAGCACCAGCCUGAGAAACCCCCACAAGAUCACUUGGAUGUGGACGUGUCACUGAUGUCGACUUUUUCACCUGACAAUCUGAGGGUGUCAACUGACGAACUUUGCGAAGUAGACAACGGGCCAGUAACCGCUAAGGUUUGUUGUUUCCAAAUAUUUACUUUUAAUGUUUGCUGUUUGUGCGAGCGUUUCUGACAAUCACAAUUUCAACAUUCGAAUGAUCUUCAUGUUUCGUUUCGACGAUCAAAAUAACUAGCCCUAGAGUCGAUCCAGAUCGCAGAUCCGCAAAAUCACUAUCGAUGCAUAUUCGUAUUCAUCACGCCUCAUUCCAUAAAGUAUCGUAGACAUGACCACAAAGUACGGCUAUGAUCAUGCCUGAUCGCGACAUGACCAUUUGCAGCAGUGGAUCUCGAGAUCUCAACCGCUCUCUUCCCCUCCCACGGUGACCGAAUAUUGAGGGUCCGAAGAUCACCACCGUGUCUUGACGGGUUGUGUUAGACCGAGUUUUAGGCUGACCACCUCUUCGACGCUUCCACGUAUUCAGCGGUUUCGGAUCCAGGGCAGCAACAUUGAGGACGUGCCCAAAUCACCCCGGUUGUUCUUAUUGGAUGAUUUGAGGUAUCCUCAUGAUGUUGUCCCAGCGAGUUCAGAUUGUCAUAUUCGACGCCAAGUCAGUAUGCUUCGCUCGAAGGAUAGUCCUCAGUCAGCGAUGGUCAGGUGCCUCCCUUUUCCACUUUUCUUAUACGCGCACGACCCAACAUUCACAUCAUUAUAGAAGGUCCGGCUGGACGAAUACCAGAUAGGGGUAUCACGCCGGAUCCAUAGACCCGGCGAACAUCAUCGAUUCACCUUUACUCCACCCAUUUGGUAGAAAUUUCACCCCGGGAUAUUAAAAACUGUCUACGUCCUCAAGGUGAUACCCAUUUAUCUCGAAUGAUGCCUUUACCAGGCCAGAAACGCAACUUGAGAGCACGUUUGCCCUCCCACCGUUUCUGGAUAAAUCUACCGAUUUAACGACAUUUGCUCAUGACACUACAUUUUGCGGGACAUCAAAGCUUGACACCAGAAGGGUGGUGUCUGUAGUGUAAUCGGAGUCAGUCUAGUGAAACCUGGUUUCAAAUUCAACACCUUUAGAAUCGCGUAGAACCCUGCCGAGGGUUUUGUCAUUAGUCAAUGACAGAAGGGGCAGCAGUAUGCAACCUUGUCAAACGCCAGAUCAAAUGCGAAUGGCUGUGAGGCAUAUUUGUAUAGCAGCACUCAUGCAGCAGUGGAGCAAUCGCAAUUAUUUUUGUGAUAUCAGGACGCUUUCUAUGUGACCCCUUGUACGCAGAGGGGAUGGACAUAGUCUGUUCCCUAGACGUCAGUUCCUACAUCAUGCAUUAAUCUGCUACCAUGAACCCAGCUCCGGAACCUUAAACUGACUAGAAGGUAGUCUGUCUAGCUGGCCGUAGGACCAGAGUCUGAACUCUGGUUCCGUAGAUGUUUGCAGGGAUGCUGGAAGCAUGUUUUGGUGGCGACUGGCUGACCAUGGUCGGCAAAACUCAAAAAAAAAUUUCACCUUGGUCACACCGUGAACCAGGCCCUGAGCGGUCAAUAGGUGAUUGUUUGAAGAGCAAACAGUGUACGUGCUUCGCUUAUUGCAAGCGGAAGGCCUUCACACCGCGUCUAACGAAGCAGUCGCAUGAAUUUUUGUGAUAGAUGGUGCUGUACAAGUUGACCCCCUGGUCCGAGAGCCUGUAUUGGAUGUACGGACUUCGGGCGAGCAGCGAGCAUCCAAGUUGUCCUGAUGAAGACUGCACACCGUCGGACUUCGAGUACUGGGGUUAAGCAAUGUUCACGUAUCCCAGCAUUGAGCAGCUUGGCCCGCAUUAAAUCUCUCAUAAAUUAGGAGGUGCGGUGUGCUAUCUCACUUGCUACUUUUGUGUUGAGAUACUCGAAAAUGACUGAAGAGCACAUAUUCAUAUAUUCGCCUUUCAGUGUUUUCAGAUCCGAAAUAGGACUAGUUAAGCGUGUUAUUACCACCAGCGAAGGGUCUAAAGUGUUCAAAAUGGUCCUUGUAACUACACAGAGCAGACUGGGCGCGUGCUCGGAUCGCGCAUACACGAGCAUAAGCUGGCUGUGCGAUGAGGCGACUCAUUAUCACAAGUGGCCGUCCACACCUACGAAAUGGGUCACGAGUUUAACUUUGCAGCUGCCAAAAUAGUCGUCCACGCCGGAAACAAAGCAGACCGAGAAUUGAUUGAAACCUGGGCCUCGGAUGAGAACUCAGUCAGUCGAUUUAUCGAUCUGGCGCCGGCCUACAGAGCCCUGCGUAGUCACCUCCAGUCUUGCGCCGUCGGUCGAUGAUCGCGGCUUCGUGCCUUAUAACUGUCGCUUGUUCUGUUGCUGCUACUACCUCUGACGAUGGACUCCUGCACGAGUCUGAAAGCUCAAGACAAUAAACAAAGUGUUCCGGUGCUCGACUCUUCUUCUUCACUUAUGUUCACUCUCAUCGUUUAAGAACCCCAUUUCGCGAUCCUCUGCUGGACCUUUUGUGCGUUCUCACCUACAUAAGAUCCGGGUUGUCCUUAUUGUGGCCUAGUACCCUCGGAGCGGGAGCCAGGUCGUGCAUAGUACGCGUAGACGAGUUGUUUGCCCUUGUUGCGCUCGCACCUACCUCCAGUCGGCCUUGCCAUCAAAUCGUGGGUGUUGUGUCCACUCCGUUGGAUUCGCGGUGGACGUCGCCACCGCAUCCUGCGCUCGCUCUUAAUUCACCUGUAUAUUCGAGAGUCCGUGUUCCUCUUCGCUUCUGCCUUACUAGACCAUGCCUACCACAGCUCUCUAUUCCUUUCAGGAAUGGACAACAGAUGAGGAGGCUAUUUUUUAAGAAGAAGAAGAAGAAGAAGAAGAAGAAGAAGAAGACACGAUCGCUGGGGCAGGAGCUUUAUUAGCCUGACGUUUCGGAUUCCUGCUCGAAUCCAUCAUCAGAGACAAAAGCAGAUAAGGGUGGUUCAUGCUUCUGCGGCUGCAGUAUUUAUAGAAUCCAGUAGCCAUGCUACCGCAUAGCUAUGAAUAUUCAUGGCUCCCUUCCCUUCAUCAGGGAUCGUUGUACGUGGCGUGAUGGCCGACAUUCGCGUCGUUAAUUGCUGCAAUUUCAUCACGUGCGUUGGAUGUUGGUGUGAUGAUUGCUCGACCAUCUGACGCGCUGACCCGGGUGUUGGGAAGAGUGUUCACCUGUGAGCAGGAAUCCGAAACGUCAGGUUAAUAAAGCUCUUGUCCCGGCGAUCGUGUCUUCUUCUUCAAGACUGCUUCCUGGGACUCGUCAUUUCGCUUCUAUUAGUCCAUGUUCCUCUUCGCCUCUGCCCUACUAGACCAUGCAUACCACGGCUCUUUAUUCCUUGCAGGAAUGGACGACGGAUGAGGAGGCCAUUUUUAUCCGUCUGACUAACAAGUACCCUGGAGGCUUUCCAAACCGCUGGCAAAAGAUUGCGGAAGUCUUGGGGCGGUCGGUGGCGGACGUGACCGCGCGAGCAUCCGCCAUUUCGGCCCGAAUGUCGGAAAGAAUGCAAGUAAAUCGUAAGUUGCCUUGUCAGUGCAUUUGGAGUAAUUCUCUGUCUGGAGUCGGCCGUCUUCUGUCACUGGACUUUGUUAUUCCACUUGCUUCCGUUUUUCAAACUCAUAUAUCGAAGGAGACAGUCAAUAAUCCCAAGCUAUGCUGACUUAUUUUCUUAAUAAUGCAACAUCAAAGGGGGUAGUACAUAAGUUAACUUGUAUAAACAGUAAACACGGAAUAUUAGAUCAGGUUUAUUCGUGCCCCCUGGCACUAGACACCAUUCUCUCACGAAAAAUAACAACUACCUGUCCAUGAACGUCAUUAAGAAAAUAAGUCCUAAACUAUUCUUUUCCGAUGUCAGAAAUUAUGCCUUCUUGUGAUUUAUCAUUUCAAUAAUUGACAUUUUGGCUUGAUAAGAUCUCAAUUUCGGAACCAUUUGGGAUGUUCACCGCAGUGUAAUUACCGUCAAAUAUCCGCGCGUAUCGCAAACCUGUAUAAUGACAAUGCUGUUUGUUACAGCUCUAUCCAAAUAUUAUAUUUCAGGAUUCCUUUUUAUCUCAAUGUUAAAAUAACUUGGAACUUACAAAACCCAUCCAUUUAGAUAAUAGAUUUUUCAUUCGUGUAAUUUUACAUAAUGGGCUUAUAAGAAGUGGAUUUUUCUCUCAAGGGCUUCGCUAAAAUCACAAUCUUCAUAGACUGGAACUGAGUUCCGUAGCUGCCACAUCGAACGCUGCAUCCUCUCUUGAAGCUACAGAUGCUGUUAAGAGUUGGCGAAUCGGUUCGAUAUGCUCGUUGUUGGGAGUUGCGUGAACUGAGUGACUGGUUACGGCGGCGACGGCGGGACCGUUGGUGGUGGUGGUGAAGUUUAGGACUAUUUUCACUCGCUGUUGGUUAUCCAUCUGCCGACGGUACUUUGUCAUGUAUGGGCACGGACUGCUUAUUAGAUAUCACCAACCAAACGAUCGAGCAAUAUCAUCAAGACUUUAUCAACGUCUUGUGGUUGUCGGAAGUCACCUCACGCACUCUUCGUGUCGGCCUCGAGAUACCUUUCAGACGCCACCAUUCCUCAUGUAGCUUCUCAGUGACCUCUUCUCCCCAAUUCGCGUGUCUUAGGGGGUAUCGUCCCUCUUCUCAAACUCUUGUACUUGCGCACCUGCGCUUGAUGCAUUCGUAACUAUGCCUCAUUAGUCAACCUGAAGAAUUUCACGGAUAGUGCCUCUUCACGCGCGAAGAUCGACGACAGUUAUUCUCCAGAGCUUGUUGUACUGUCUACAACAGUGAUUGUAAGUGUCUGCUAUACCGGAAUCAGUAAACCAUGGCCCUCGCAGCCUAGUGUGCCUUAGUAGUUACCCGGCACCUGGUUCGUUGCCGGUAGAUGCGCUCGCGCUCCUGCUGAGUAUACGCGUCUUGAGCUCAGUCGUGGUCUUUCUGACCUGUUGUGGUGCUGUUGUUGGUUAAAAUCCUGGUGAAGUGUUUAUUGUGGAUCUGGAGAUGUGGUGGUACGUCUAGGUGCGGGUCCGGCCGUGCCAGCCACCUGCGCCCUCUCCCUCUGGUGUUCUUCACGACUAUGUCGCGACACCGGGCCCAGGCGGGGGGAGGAGAGAGUGCGGUAGAUGCUGCGAAAGUCCACUCUCACUGCAAACUAACUGCAAGCGCAAGCCACCGAGCCUGUUGUGAAGCACACGGUAGACAUCGAACACCACACAGCUUCUCAGUCUUCACAGCAACCAUCCGGUGGCUCACAAACGAAGCUGUGUGAAGACGUUCUUCAAACGGAUCCAAACUCAUUGCAGCAAACCGGAGGACAGAGCACGUGAGACCCGUUAUCUCCGCGACCAGUUUGUGCAAAAUGGCUAUCCGAGGGUAUUCUUGAGUCGCUGUCUACGCGGUCGGCACCAGAGAACUCGAACAUCAACGCCACCGACGGUAUGGCAUUCUCUGUCAUACAUCAAGGGCGUUUCAGAAGCGACCGAGCGCAUUGCUGCGGAGCUAGGUGUUGGAAUUGCACACCGUCCCAAAGCCACCAUGCGCAAUAGGGUCAUAAAAAUCAAAGACCGGUUAAAACCUGAUGAGCAAUCUGGAAUAGUGUAUCGCAUUCCGUGUCAAAAUUGUCCUUGUAACUACACAGGACAGACUGGACGCAUGCUCGGAUCGCGCAUACACGAACAUGAGCUGGCCGUGCGACGAAGCGACUCAUUAUCACAAGUGGCCGCCCACACCUACGAAAUGGGUCACGAGUUUAGCUUCACAGCCACUAAAAUAGUCGCCCACACCGGAAACAAAGCAGACCGAGAAUUAAUUGAAGCCCGGGCCUCGGAUGAGAACUCGGUCAAUCGACUUAUCGAUCUGGUGCCGGCGUACAGAGCCCUGCGUAGUCAUCUCCAGUCUUGCGCCGUCGGUCGAUGAUUGGCCUACAUGCCUUAUAACUGUCGCUUGUUCUGCUGCUGCUACUACCUCUGACGAUGGACUUCUGUAUGAGUGUGACCCCUCUGCCGGCCGUACUUAAACUGCGAAGUUGGAUUCGGGGCAGCAACGUUUUACGUGUAUGACUGACUGCAAAGACUUUCAUUGGUCAAUUUUCUUGACUGGCAGACAACUCUGGUGCGUGGGGAUUCAGGCCUUUUUUAAAUAGCCGCUUUAGUCGUAGUUUAUAGUCCUCUUUCGCACUGCAGAUGCCAACUCCUGACAUUGGACAGGUGGGCUUCCUCGUUGACAUUCCCCCCCCCUUCCCCCCAUAGUUCCAGUUGACAUUAUGUCUUUUGUCUUGUACGGGUUCGGUUGGUGACCACAUGUUACACAUCUCCCCACCCCCAAUUUCCGCCUCUCGACAACAGCCUCCUAAACUUGUCCGGUUUCUUUUUACUAAUUCCGACAAAAAGAUAAAUAAAUAAGUUCUCCGUCGUAUCCACGUUCGGCUGCCUUUCUCGCUCUUAUUACUUUACCCUGUUCGAGUGAUUUGGGCAAAUUAUAGCUUUUUUCCUUUAGCUGACUUCGAAUCCAAUGUGGCGAAUGCAUCUGAUGGAGAGGAGGUGGAGGAGGAGGACAGUGACGACUACUACCUCUCCAAACGUAAAGCCAAACGCCUUGGUAAAGCACCAAAAAUCUCUGCGCCCAAAGAUGAGACAGCCGACGACAACGACGAUGGAGGUUGCAAUUGUUUUUUUGUGUUUUCCUUCUCGAGUUUCCCAUCCUUUAUUUUCGAUGCUUUCGUCGACCGUUCCAGCCACCUGCGCCCUCUCCCGCCUCUGGUCAUCUUGAUUCUGUCCUAACACCGGGUCCAGGUGGGGAAGGAAGAGACAGAGAGUGCGGUAGAUGCGGCGCAGGCUACUCUUACUACUACGCGCAAGUCACCCUGCCUGCUCUCACUCCGCUCUAGAGCACGUGGUGGACAUCGUCAAGCACGACGGUCAAGCCGUCAUGUUUCGCUACUGUUUGCCCGGUAACCAGACGGGCGGUAAGGGAAACAUACAGUAGGUGGGCUAACUCAUGAAAUGUCAACUGAAAUUCUGGAAUGCGUUUUCGUUUCGAAAAGAUUAAUUAAAUAGGGUUGUAAAACUAAUCAGCCUGCAGCAUAAUUCUAUAAUAAAUCAGUUACCUCAGGAUGUCGGCUUUCGAAAGAACUUCUUUCCGGCUGCAUGCAAAGACCAUACUCUGUAAAAAAAUGACUACUUAAGUAGCAUGUACUUUUAUUUUUGAUCCUCGAUGCCUCUAAAAGUCCAAUUAUAUUUCAUGGAAAAAAUGCACAAAAAAAUAUUCAUUCUUUAGCUCAUUCGGCAGAAAAGUACGUCGUCUUUCAAUUUUAUACUUCAAUUUUAUCGUUUGGUUUUCAAAAACUUUUGCAAUUCCCGAAUAGUUUUGAACCCGCUCUGCCGUCACACUUGCAUUCAGGGUUUCCAAACUACAAGCCAUGUAUUCUCCGCGUAUGUGAAACCAUGCAUUUCUCUACACUAUUAAGAGGAGACUAUAUGGGUUUCAUAAAAUUUAGCAUUUGAUUUGAGCCAUAUUGUUAACCUUACAAGCCACAUUGGUAAAUGCAGAGACAUGAUGUUUUAUGAAAGGCCAUUUCACGGUAUUAAAAAGUCUCACAAUUAGACAAUUUUUAGAACUGAAUGGUCUUUCCUUCGAGUAUAAAAUUGAAAGACGACAUAUUUUUCUGCCGAAUGAGCGAAAGAAUGAAUAUUUUUUGUGCAUGUUUUCCUUGAAAUAUAAUUGGACUUUUACAGGCAUCGAGGAUCAAAAAUAAAAAUGCAUGUUACUUAAGUAGUCAUUUUUUCCAGAGUAUAGUCUUUGCAUGCAGCCAGAAAGAAGUUCCUUCGAAAGCCGACAUCCUGAGGUAACUGGCUUAUUAUAGAAUUAUGCUGCAGGCUGACUAGUUUUACAACCCUACUUAAUCUUUCCGAAACUAAGACGCAUUUCGGUUGGCAUUUCAUGGGUUAACCCACCUACUGUAACCUUGCUAGUAAUACUAACGCUAUAACUGGCUCAUUCCGUGAGCCUUACACUUAACCUAUGGAUAAAGCUAACAUUCGUACUAGUCCAACCCUAGUAUUAGUGGUUAGGGUUAGGUUAAAGGCAUCCUUGCUUCCCGUCUUACCAGCGGAGCCAGAAGCGAUACCGUUUCCGAAAGGAUUACUUAGGUGGGAUCGCAAUUUUGGUUAUCGUGCAGUGUAAUCCCAAAAUAUUCCAGUCAUGCCGGUAUGUCCACUUGUGAAUGAGCUCCUUUUCGGCCGUUUGGAAAAACCAUUGUCAGUAAAAAUGACUACUUAAGUAGUGUAGUUUUUCCCAUCUGACUAUCGACGCUCUUAUAAAUUCGAAUAUAUUUUGCAGAAAACAUACGCAAAGCUACUUUUAAUCAUUUGGUGACAAAUUACGCCUUGUCUUUCAGUUUACAAAGAGUUUGUAAUCGUGAGAUUUUUUAAGACCGUGAAAUGUCCACGCAGAAUCGUAUCCGCCAGUUCUUUUACUGUUGCUUAUGAAGUAUACGAUAUCGUUCACAUUUAUUGCUAAAUUUUAUUAGCCAUAUGCGGUGUAUUUUUAAUUUCCUAGAGAAAUAUAUGAUUUCUCUUACAUGAAAAGUAUACAGCACGUAGUUUAAAAAGCCUGAACACGAGUGUGGCCGCAGACCUGGAAUAAGUUUUUUUAAAUCGAUAGGCACCCCUGGAUAUAAAAUUUAAAGACGUUUUUUACCACAGGAAUCGAUGAAAGGCUAUUUUUGUGGGAGUUUUCUUUAGAGUUUAUUCAAAUUUAUAAGGGCAUCGAAAAUCCAUAGGAAAUUGUUAUACUACUUAGGUGGUCGCUUUUACGGGAUGUGGCUUCUGCCGCUGGCCGGAAAGAGGCUCAUCCCAAAGCGGGCGUCCCAUCGUGAUUGAAAUAUCUUUGGAUUGCCCUGCACGGUAAUAUUCCGACCCCGUCUAAGUAAUUCUUUCUGAUCGAUAGCUCAUUUCAGGGUCUCGUUAACAUUUCAUGCGAUAGGCCAGAUACCGUAGCAGCCCAUCAAAAGGAAAGAUAUUGGUCCAGCUGCGCUCAGCCCGAAGUCUCCACCUCUGUUUCCCUAUUUCCAAAUCAAUUCGUCGACGAAAGACCCUACCGCGAAGACUUUGCUGACAUCGCCAAGGAGGUUGAUGUCGCAGUUUCCCUGUGUGUAGCCUGCCCUGCGUCCGAAUACUUGUUUACUUUUGCUAAAUCUGAGCACAGUGACCCCUUUACCGCGUGUACCGAUACCUUCUAGCGGCGCUGGCUGAUUACGGCAGUAAACCGUGCUGCAGGGGGUGUUAAGGCACUCUUAACAGGGCAUGAUAACAGAAACCGCCUGCAGCACGGGUGGCUUUGAGCCAACCUCCAGUGAAAUUGGGGUUAGGUUAGGAGUUAAGUUUAAGGCUAGACCUGAAGUUAACGGCAAGGCAAGUCAGGAUAGGGGGUAGUGUUAACUUCAUCAUUAAGGUUUAGGGUAGGGUUAGGGUGAAGAUCAGGGCAACGGUCUAACUUUAGUUUACUAGCCUGACGUUACGGAUUCUCAUUCGAGCCCAUCAUCUGUAACCGUCUUUGAUGAUGGGUUCGAGUGAGAAUCCGAAACCUCGGGCCAACAUGCUUCGUGUUCCAGUGAUCGCAUCUUCUUCUGGACUGCUUCCUGGAACUCACCUGUUCGAUUCUAUUGGUAACGGUUUUGUUUUAUAAUAGGCUUAUUGUUGGGUUUAGGACACGGAAAUAUUUGCCCUUUUCGGAAUUAUGCUCAGGUCCACCUUCGUUACCUACGUAGGGCGUACGUACCCCCGUGUCCUGUUUAGGGGACUACAUAAGUCAGUCCUACCCUCUGUUUUUUACGGACUCACCCUAGAUGUUAAACUUAGAACACUUGACUGUCACAACUGUCACAAUCAGGCACUUUUUUGUAGUUCGGUUGACUGUUUUGACAGACCUACCACUGAUUUUAUCAUUCAAGAAUGAGCUGUAAUCUAUUCCCUGCGAAAUGUUGCUAUCCGAGGUCUUCUGAGAUUCGAUUUUUUCGCAGGUCAUGCAGAAACCUACAUUUCAGGAAGGUGGGGAAAACGUAGACUGAAUACUGGUAGUAGUUUCUAGUCCAUUUUAGUGCCUCUAGACGAGGAGGUAAUUUGUACUGCUAAUUGCCCAGAUGGCGGAAAAGACUUUCCUUUUUGUUGUUAACCAACCAGUCAACCAAAACAUGCUUCUGUUUUCCUUCGCGAUCACCGGCAUCUUAGCUUUAUCCUACUUAGGAAACCUGGUGAGUUUGUUGUGUGGCUCCACGGCGAGUAACUGCUCUGCCAAAUUUGCAGCCAAUUAACCCCGCAUUCUGAUUGGUGCUUCCCAAGGUCUUGCCUCUGUGAAUGGUGGUGACGGCGCGAUCGAAAGUGACGACCAAUCCGGUUACGCCAGUCGGAGUAAGCAGAAGAAACAGCAAAGUGCCAAUAAGGGCGGCCUACAGCGCAAGCUGGAGGAGAACUCAGCGGCCAGUGGUGGGUGGAGCCAGAAAGAGCAAAACCAACUGGAGACUGCCAUUAAAUCCAUUCCUAAAGGCGUGCCUGAUCGGUGGCAGAGGAUCGCGGAAUGUGUUCCCACGAAAUCCCUGGUGGGUUUCCCCUUCUUUUUAAUGCCUGUUUAGCAGGAAAUGCGGAACGCAUUUUUGCAAAAGACAUUUAUGUGCCGGACCGCCUGAAUGAUUAUGCAUGCGCCAAAUCUACUCCACACAUACUUUAGCACUUUGCCUGCUAUCGAUGUCAUGCGAGACUUUGUCAUUAGAGAAGUCCAGAAGUCUGAGGACUGUGUCACUCCACUGUAAUAUUAGUUCCACAUUUGCAAAUUUUGCAUAGAGAAGAGGCGACUGAUGCAUGUGAGAGACAGGAUAGAUUGGAGCCGACACUGGAGAAUCCAUCUUCACACCACAUCAGGGCGUUCUCCGUCAUAAUAAAUCUGACGAGCUUGAAUCCAUCACCACCACCACCACUUGGAGGGUUGUCGACUGACGGAAUAACUCGGUCCUCAUGGGUGUAUUUUGGUGUGACCGUAGAACUGAGGGUGAGGCUGUAAUGGCUCCUUGAUGUGGCCGUUAUGACAUUCGCUCACAAGUGAGAUCCGAACCGACAGGCGGACAGUAAACCGUUUGAAGAAGAAAAUAGGCACUCCGGAACAGGUUUGUUUAACUGCUGACGUUUCAAAGAGCUGGGUCGGCUCUUCAUUGUCAAAGCGAAAAAUGCACUUAAUCGAUCGGAAAUCGAUCGGAAGUCAUUCGUCUGAAGAUGAAGACGGGUUCUCCGAAACACAUUUAUUUAGGUGCUGACGUUUCAAAGAGUUUGGUGGGCUCUCCAUUGUCAAAGCGUAAAAUGCACAUAAUCGAUCAGAAAUUGCAUGUGGCAUCUUCUGUUGGUCGGCCUUAUUCUGAUCGAUUUUUCUCUCCUCUCGCUGCCUCGGCCUCUCGGGAGAUGGUGGACGGGCGUUUUGCCUGUGUGCUUUGUGAGUCACCACUCCGUCGAGGGGAGCUGAGUGAACUUCUGUCGGGCGGUCGGUCUGGCGGUUCUUCUUCUUCCUCACCGAGUAAACUCAGCGUCGGGCUAUCUCCGUGCGGCCUUCUUAAGUCCGGUGUGGUUGUUUGGUCCUGAGGUCUACGAUUGUGAUGACGUAGGACUUUGUAAGCUGCAGGAAGGUCCAGAUGCCUGUUGAUAGAGUGGGCAUCGGAGAACCACGCCUCGAGAGUUUGCCGUCCUGUUUUUGUGUUGCCUCGGCCUAAGAUGGUAGCCCUCUGGAGGUCAAAAGUAUGCUCCGUUUCUCCAAUGUGUGUUGCUAGUUGAGAGUUAGGGUCUAACCUUCGAGUGGCCAAUUUGUGUUCUUGUAGGCGAGUUAGCAAUUUCCGCCCGGUUUCGCCCACAUAGUUGCUGUCGGCCUCAUUGCAAUUUAUUUUGUAGAUGACUGCUGAGGUUUCAUCGGGUGGCAAUGGGUCCUUGCGUUGCAUCAGGCGACGUCGAAUCGUUGCUUGGGGUCGAUGGGCUAUGCCUACUCUGGUGGUUUGUAGCAGUCGCGAGACCGCUUCGGAGACCCCUUUGACGUAGGGAAUGGCCCUCCAGACUUCGGGUUGCUGCUCAUUUGGCCGCCGUCUGGGCGCCCAACGUCCGCUUCUCUCAAUGAAAUGUCUGGAAUAACCAUUGGCUGUAAAUAGGUUCACAGGGUACAAUCGUUCGACCCUUUUAUCUUCUGGCGUGCUGCAGUGUGUUUCGACUCUUUGGAACAGAGUGCGGACACAACUACGUUUGUGAGACAGAGGAUGGUUGCUGUUAAAGUGUAGGACCUGUCUCGUGUUAGUGGAUUUUCGGAAUACUGCAGUUUGCAGCUGUCCAAUGGUACACCGGCGCACAAGUGCGUCAAGGAAGGGGAGUUGGUUGUUUGUUUCUGCUUCCAUCGUAAAUUCGAUAUCCGGAUUAACCGAAUUCAGUAUUUCCUUUAGGUGCUCUAUGUCACCUGUUUUGACAACGGCGAAGGUGUCAUCGACAUAGCGGGCCCAGAAAUUUGGUUGAUACUUGGUGAACACCAAGUGUUCUACCUGUUGAAGAAUUACUUCAGCGAUUAGGCCUGAUAUAGGGGAGCCCAUAGGAGUGCCUUUUAUUUGUUCGUACAUCUGUCCACCGAAGGUGAAAUAAGUCUUGAGACAGUAUCGUAGAUGCACAGACUUCAGGGGUUCGUCUCUCUCCGUUUGCAUGUGAUAGUUCGACCGUAGUAUCCGACGAGGAUCCACCGUGUGCACCAUAGCAGGUGGUAGGAGCAGGGACGGUGAUAGCAGAUUUGCGCUGCAUCUACCGCACUCUCUUCUCCCUCACUCAAGACAGAAUCGAGCAGACCGGAGGCGGGGGAGGACGCAGGUAGCUGGUACGGCGGAAACUCGCUCGUAGACGUACCCCCUUAUCCACAACCGAUACUGACCUGAAUUUUAUACCACAAGAAAGAUGGGGAGUGGCAAAGAUCCCAGUGGGCGCGGCCUGAGUCUGCACAUAGGCUUGCCGCCCAAUCCUCAAUGCAUUCCCGAUAAUAUCUGUUGGACUCCGAUCUGAUCCUUGUUUUGGCCCAGCAUAUCUACCGCGUGGCUCGUUUUAAGAGCAAAGGUUCGCACGUACACAACACAUCUAUCAGUUCAGUUUUAUUGAGGGAAAUGUAGGUCUUCACCUUUGAACUCCCUGGAAAAGGUAUCAUAUAGGUAACAAAUUAUCGGAGAAGCGUCAACUCUGUACAGAUAGACAAACUGUCUCGGGUGUUAGUGGUAUGAGCAGUAAUACAGCGGUCGUUUCGAGUGCAGGGCAAUAAAUAAUGUACCCAGUGACAAAAGUUGCAUAGGUGCAUGUCUGUAAGCGUAGACGAUGGGUUGGAGACAAUAAUAAAUUCAAUUUAAAAUGUUACUGAAAUAUAUAAAGUAGUAUCAUAGCAACGGUAUUUCUCAAGGUCACAUGGGUCGAAUGGUAAUUUAGUGGACAAUGGCAUACGAAUUUAGCUUCCUCUUAAAGACCUCAACGGAAGCAGACAUAACGACAUCCGGAGGCGUGGCGUUCCAAGCUUCAAGCACUCUGUUAUAGAAGAGGAACUUUCGUACGUCCAGCCUGGCCCCGGUCACACGUAGUUUGAAUGGAUGACCUCGUAGGUUUGUGGUGGUUGCUAAUUCGAAGAAGUCCCCGCGUUUAGUAUCGCUUGCAUGUAUCGUUUACAUUCAAACAGGCUAUAUUCUGGUCCUGUGUGUAAUUACUCCCCGGACUUACAUAACCUUUACUGUCGUAAACUUUAUUUCCAUGGAGGGAAAUUUGGCGACACUGUAUUACCGCCAAAAAACGCCGAUGAGGCUGUUAACUGACACACAAUUUCUCCCCCUUCCAUGAUGGUUGCAUCCAUCUCCUCAGACAUCCAAUGUAGCCCUUGUGCGUACCCUGUGCCCCAGUAAGUCAGGUUCCAUCGUCGGCAGACGACCUCACCUUGCUGGCGAAGGCACACGGUGCACUGGCGAGCGUCAAUCACUGUGAAGCAAGCCUGCGCAUUCUUCAUGUCUGUCAUGCACGAGCCUACUUCCGCUCUAUAAAAACUUGCGGCGUCAACGCUUCAACCCACCCAAACACCGCCCUCUCGUGGAUACACUGAAUGUCCACCGCCCCGGCGGCAGUCGGUCAUGGGCCCCUGUGAAUCCGGAAGCCAAGUAGUACAUGAUCCCUUAACUCUUUUCAACAUCUGCGCGCAUACACAGCCCUGACAACACGCUCGCGUCCCAUCCUCUAGCGUCCCCUUUUCUAAGCAAGCACUCAAUGGACCCCCUAUUUAGGCUUCUCCGAAGAGUGAUUACGGUAGGCCACCUAUCUUAACCGCCACAGGUUCCGUCGGCGUGCGCCUCGCAUACCUACAGUGAGUGACCGAUCCCAUGAAAUGUCAGGGAGGAGGCGUACUCACAUAUGUUAAGCGUGAGCUAUUAGUUUCAGACGAAAAUGAUAAAUGUGCAUGCACUUGUGAGGCAGUUUGGCUAAUUACAGUGAGUGACCUAUCUCAUGAAAUGUUGGCUGAAAUUCUGAAAUGCGUUUUCGAUUAGGAAGGAUUACUUGGUCGCGGUUGUAGUACUGCUUAUCUUGUGGCAUACUCUUGCAACAUUUCGCACUUGGCAGGAUGUCGCCUUUUAAAUGCAUUUCUUUUCAAUCUCCUGUAGAAAGCGUGCUCGGUAAAAAAAAAUGACCACCUAAUUAGCAUGCAUUUUUCCCAUUGAUUUUCGAUGGUCUUGCAAAUUCAAAUAUAUUUUAUAGAAACGACGGACAAGAGUAUGCCUUUUCCAGUCGUUUGAUAGAGAAUCACGUCUUUAUAUUUUAUACUGAAGGAAGGAGUAUGAUUAGGUUUUAAAAAAGCCAAGUAAUUUGGAGCCUAAGCAUUCGUUGGAUUAGCGCUUAGGGAUUUCAGUCUACAAGGUGCAUGUGAUCCGCGUAAAGAAAAUCACAUAUUUUUCUGUGCCUUUAAAAAGAUAUCAUACAAAGUCCAUAAAAAUUUGCAAUGGAUGCGGAUUAUGUUGUCCAUUUCAUGAGGAGUUGUGGUAAACUGCCAGGUACGAUGCUAUGUGAAUGGUCAUUGCGCGGUCUUAAAAAAUUUCAUACUGAGGAACUUUUUUGAAAUUUAAUUAUACCUAAUCUUUGAGUAUAAAAUAUAAAGAAGACCACCACAGGUUCCCUCGGCGUGUGCUUCGCAUACCUAAGUGUUGCUUAAAACCUCGACCGCUAUUUACUAAGAAUCACCAGUCCCCUCCAUCAUAUGUCUAUUUAUUCCUCUGUUUUAGCAAGAAAUAACGGCUCGCGUCAAGUUACUGUCUGAAGUGAGUAAGCAGAAACAACAAACUGCGAACUGA